AAAAUUGACGCCAUUUGUAUUUCCAGACGAUAGAAAAGUUCACACAGUGUCUUUUUUGGUGUAGCCUAUUUAGGUUUGUUGGACAGUUUUUAAAAAUAUGCAGGCAUAAAACUUAGAAUAUAAGACUUUGGAAAUUUGGAAUUGAGAAAAAAGUGCAGAUAUGGCUGCAGUAUGGACUCCAAAAGAGAAGCCAGUUGUCUUGGACAAGUUUUGUCACCUUUCCCUAGAUGCACAGAAAGUCAUGGCUUCCAUGUAUAGAGAUUUUCAUCAGAGAAAAGCAGAAAUUAAAGCUUCGUAUACAUUGCACAAUGCAGCAUUUAAAGACACAAGAGAUUACAAUGAGGAAAGAUCAACAUUGAUGGAAUUUUCUAGAAGAGGCAGGCUUCAAGAGCAAAGGAGCGAAAAGUUUCAAAAACAAAGAUACACUGCUUCAAGCCCAGCAUUGAGUGGUGAAAGAGAAACUGGUAUUGUGGGUCAUAACAUUAAUAAAAAGUCUUCUGUACCUUAUUUUCUUUCGGGUGCAUCUGAAACUGAUUGUGCAGAUGGUCAAGAAAACAGAGAAAGGCGUAACACUGGCAGUAUUGCUGAUGAAGAAAACAUGGAUAGUCUUUCCCCUGUAAGAAAUAAUAUAAAAGAUUGUGAUGAGUGUUACGCUGGGGAUAACAUUAAGUCUCCUCCAGUAGAGACAAGAGAUUUUGAAAUACUCUCACAGUACCAUCUAAUGGAUACACAGGCUGACCUUUUUUCUGAUUCACAUAACAAUGUAAGGAAUGGUGCAACAAUGUCAAACCAGAGCAAAACAAAUAGUGGACAAGACAAUUCAGUUAAUGACACUUUGAACAAAGGCAAAGGAAAAGAGGUCAGAUUGCCUACGACAUCAUUUGACUAUUCCCAUACGCAUUUCAAUGAAAGAUUGGCUGAUUCUGAACACUCUGGUUUGAAAUUAUUAGAACUAAAUGAAGAAAGUGCAUCUUACAUUCGUGCAAAUCAGAAUCAAUCUGGUGUGAUGAAACCUAGACAAGGCAGCACUGCAGAAAGUACUGAGGACAGCACAGGUAUGUGGGGCUAUGACAGAGAUGAUAGAAAGAUAGAUAAGUCAUACAGCUGUCAUAUCAUUACCAAUGGUGUCCAGUCAAAGCAGAAAGAGUUGGUCAGGGACAAGUUGUUGUGUGAGGAGAGUCCAUACCUCGACAGGACACCCAAAGUAGCCAGAAAGUCUUUCACUGUGAAUGAUUCCAGUCGAGAUGCUCCCCAUAAAAAGAAACACAAACUGAUACAGACAAGAAUCAUGUUUGAAAAACUUGGUUCUGAGACUCAUAAAGAUGAAGCUAAGACAGGGACUUUCUCAGGUAAGAAGCAUUUUACUGGAGAUGAAGGUUCUGAAAUACCCACAAAGAAGCUUAAGAAUUGUAGUUUGAACACAAGAGAACCAAUUAACAAUGUUGCAGAAAAUAUUACUUACAUAAGUAAAUUGCCUGUGGAUACAGUGGAUCAGGUGUGUUCUCAGUUACUGCAAGCAGAGGAGCUUGUUCUUUGCCUUGUUUUUGCUAACGGGUCAACACAAUUGAGGGACAACUUAUUUACUGCAGAAAAUAAGAAAAAAACAACAACUAAAGUAAAGAAGCACUCUGAAGUUGACGGCAUAGCCAUAUAUUCAACUGCCCCACGAACAGAUCGUGUAUAUGUGUUCUCCAUGCAAGAUCGAAGAUCAGCAGUCUGUGAAAAGUUAAGAGAAUUUUGGGGAACUUUGCUGAGUAGUGAUGAUGUAAGGAAGAUAGGAUUUCAGAUAAAAGAAGUAUAUCUUGCAUUGUUCGCAAACUUUGACUUUGAGUACAACAGAGUGGAUCUGUCCUGGACAGUGAUGGAUACAAGUAUUGCAGUAUGGUUGUUGGAUCCAGACAAGCCAGUCUCUUCCUUUGAACAUCUUCUUUCAGUGCUUAAUAUGCCAAAGCAGACACCAAGUAAAUCAUGUGUAGAUGCUCUCCAAGAGGAUAUGACUCUGCUUAGUGCAGUAAUGAAAAAAAUUUAUCAGAUGUUACAGUCGAAAGACAUGUGGAAUUUGUUUUACUGUCUGGAGACAAAGCUUGUGAAUGUGUUAGCUGGUAUGGAGAGAAGACGGAUGACCAUAAGUAUCCACACUCUUCUGCAUUUCUCAUCAGUGUUAAAGAGAAAUUUGACAAGACUGGAAGAGAAAGCUCAUAAAGUUGCUGGUCAUGCUUUCUUGUUGAACAGUCAUCAUCAACUUAGACAGGUUUUAUUCGAAGAGUUGAAGCUGGACUCCUUUUUACAAGGAAAAACUAAGCUUGUCAAGACAAGUGUGACACGUGAGACUUCUACAUCAGAGACAGUUCUAACACAGUUACUUCCCUUUCAUCCAUUGCCAGAGGUUGUACUGGAAUAUAGACAGCUUCAGAAGUUGAAGUCAACCUAUAUUGAUGGAAUAUUGAGUUGUGUAAGUGAUAGUUACCUGAGGACACAUUGGGAUCAGACCGCAGCUGCUACGGGAAGACUCACUUCACAUCACCCUAACAUUCAGGCUAUACUAAAACUUCCAGUCACAAUUAAAGAUCACCAGACUAAUUUUAUUGUUGGGAAGAAGUUUUCAGAAGAUAGUGCUGCUAGUGUGGUGCAGUUCAAUGCGCGAGAUCCCUUUAUAAGUAGACCACAGUGGUCCUUGUUGUCAGCAGAUUUCCAACAGAUUGAGCUGCGAUUGUUAGGCCAUCUAGCUGAUGAUCCCAUAUUGUUAAAUAUCUUCAAUGAUACAAAUGUACCUGAUAUAUUUAAUGCUCUAGCGGCUCAAUGGUUGAGUAAAGCUGCCACGGAUGUAACAGAUGCUGACAGGGAACAAACAAAACGUGUUGUGUACUCAGUAAUGUAUGGCGUCGGAAAGGAGAAAUUAGCAGACUACCUGAAAUGUACACCAGAUAACGCUAAAGCUGUCAUGGCUAGUUUCUUAUUGAAGUUUCCAGCUGUAAAUCAGUUUACGAAGUACUGUGUGGAGUUUUGCCAAAAACAUGGAUACACACGCACUAUUUUCAAGAGACGAAGAUUGUUUCCAAACAUCCGACAUGGGAAUCCUGCACUGAGAGCACAGGCAGAGAGACAGUGUGUAAACUUUUGUGUGCAAGGUUCUGCUGCAGACAUUUGUAAGGCUGCUUUGCUGCAAGUAGAGAAUGCCCUUGCUAAAAAUCCAGACAUUAAUGCGAGACUGCUGGUCCAGAUCCACGAUGAACUACUCCUGGAAGUUGCAGACUCCGAUUUAACUUCUGUUACAGGACUGGUGAAGAGUGUAAUGGAGAGUGAAGAGAAGCUGUGUGGCUCAAUUGUCAAACUGAAGGUGCCUAUACCGGUGUCCGUUAGUGUAGGAAAGAAAUGGGGACAGAUGGAGUUUAUAUCAGUUACAUGUAAUAAUGGGUAAUCCCCAACUACUCAGCAAGCCUGUUGAAAACUGCUUU